ACUCAACAGAAGCUCCACCGUUUUGCACAUACUCUGCAAAGUAAUGUCUGUGGGUCGAUGUGAUGGUUCCACAGGUUCUCCCCCCGGCGAUCCAGAGCCCCCCCCCCCCCCCCCCACACGGUCCUCUCUCUGUCCGUGCGUUUUUAGGGAGACGUAGAGAAAAGAAAAGAUUGACACUGUUUUUGUUUUCCAGAAGCGGUGAUAUGGUAUCUGCUUCUAUCAGCUCAACUAAAAGGGGUUGCAACCCCCCCCCCCCCCCGUUUGCUCAAGGGUUAAAGGUGCCCCGUGUGUCAAAAUGGAGCUAUCCUUCGUUUCUCUUUUAAAAAAAGACCCAUUGAAAGUUACCUUGCGAUCUCCCCCCCCCCCCCCAAGCCCCCUCUUCUAUACCUUAGGGGUAAAGCGAACCUCCCCAUCUUAUUUGUGUUGAGAAACACUGUAGUGAAAAGGUAAACCUUGUGGUCAUAAACUUCUGUUGAACCUGGGGUCUUUUUUUGCAGCAUUCCUUGUUGGCAAAAAAAAAAGUGGUUUCAAAUCUAAAUUUAUGACAUGGUAGAAAAAAAGGUGGGGCUCGAUUUGUCGGGAGAUGGGCUGCUACGUGAUAGGUUGUCUAAGAGAAAAUAAAUAGUGAAACCCAAACUCAACCCUGUGUGUGUGUGUAAUUUAUUCCUAAAUAGUCGUGUAUAUGUGCUUUCUUACAUUGUAGAGUAACAGGAAUGUCUUCCAUAUAUGUAGCUUCCACGUUAUAUUAUGACUGUGGAUCACGCAGUUUUUAGAUGCUUGAACUGUUUUAAGAAGUUGUGCAUAUACCCCGUAUUCCUGAGUGGAGUUAAUCAAAACCAAAAGGUAUGGAAAAAAACACUCGAAUUUAAACCUGACGAGUCUCUAAUGUGAUUGGUCAGUUUAUACGCAUGCGCUCUGCAAGUGGAUCGACAGAUCGAAGCGAAAGCUCAGGCAGGAAGACAGCCUGCUUGAAACAGCUCGUCGGCCGGCUCCACACAGCCGCCAUGGAAGACCUAGAGGAGGACCUCACGUGCUCCGUGUGCUACUCCCUGUUCUGUGACCCCCGGGUUCUUCCCUGUUCCCACACCUUCUGCAAGGCCUGCCUGGACCGCGUUCUGCUGUCCUCCGUCAACUACUCCGUGUGGCGGCCCCGUCCCCUGAAAUGCCCGAACUGCCGCAGCCUGGUGGAGCUGGCGCCCCCCGGGGUGGAGGCCCUGCCCGUCAACGUCUCACUCCGAGCCAUCGUGGAGAAAUACCAGAAGGAGCGGCCCCCUGCCCCCUCCUGCUGCCCGGAGCACCCGCACCAGCCCCUCAACGUGUACUGCGUCCAGGACCGCCAGCCCGUCUGCGGCCUGUGUCUGACGGUGGGCCGGCACCAGGGCCACGCCAUCGACGACCUGCACGCCGCCUUCCUCCGGGAGCGCCAGACGCUGGGCCAGCUGCUGGCCGCGCUGUCGGAGCAGCGCCUCGCCCAGGUGUGUGAGUUGGGGCAGCGGCUGGACCAGGGGAAGGCCCAGUGUGAGGGUCUGCUGAGGGCCGACCGCCUGGCCGUGGAGCAGUACUUCCAGGAGCUGGAGCUCACUCUGCGCAGGAAGAAGGAGGCCUGCCUGGUGGCCCUGGAAGCGGCCAGCGCUGACGUGGACCGGGCCUAUAACCCGCUGAUCGUGUCGGCCCGGAGCCUGGCGGAGGAGCACUGCGACCUCUUGACCCUGGGGGCGUCGGUCCAGGAGGAAGACCGGCCGCUGGAGUUCCUGGAGCAGGUGCAUCUGCUCCGAGAGAGGGUGGAGAGGCUGACGGCGCUCCCCCUGCCCCCCGCCGCGGCCCCCUCCGUCGCCCCCCGUGCUGGGGACUUCCUCCGGGACCGCUGGGCCCUGGUGGGCCUCGGGGCGCUGGGCGAGGCGCCCGUACCCUGGGUGGGCUGCGGACCUCAGGGGGAGGGGCCCGGGGCCGAGGCCGGUCCAGCUGCUACUGGAGGUACUGGUGGUACUCAGGGUACUCGGGGUACUGGUGGUACUGGUGGUACUGGUGGUACUCGGGGUACUGGUGGUAUUGGAGGUACUCAGGGUACUGGUGGUACUGAAGAUACUGGUGGUACUGAUGGUACUCAGGGUACUGGAGGUACUGGAGGUAUUGGAGGUUCUCAGGGUACUGGAGGUACUGAGGGUCUGGAUCAAGAGGGUCCGGAAAGUUUGCCCGUCCGCCUGUGUCUGGCCGUGGGGCUGUCGCUGCUGAUGUCCCUGGCAGCCUAUUGCCUAUUGGUCUGCGGGCACCUGUUGGAAGACUGGAGGAGUGGACUGACCACGCCCAUAGGGGAGGAGGCCGUGGUGCACAUGGUGCACACGCAGAUCCAGAGAACCAUGGAGGUCCUUCUGCAGGCGGUGGAAGAUCUCUUCAUGUUCCUGAAUAGACCCCUCUUUCCUGGAUAGACUCCUCCUUCCUGGAUAGACUCCUCCUUCCUGGAUAGACUCCUCCUUCCUGGAUAGACUCCUCCUUCAUAGAUAUACUCCUCCUUCAUGGAGACUUCUCAACCUCUGUCCUCACUGCACGGUGGGGGUAGUGUCGCUGGGCGCUGAAGAGAACCUCUAGAGGAGUUCACUCAGAAGGACUUUUGAGAAUUGCACAAACGUUUUUAUUAUAUCCGUCGACAUGUAUCUGCCAUUUCUUCAUACAUCACGUGUAAUUAAAGAUUCAAGGAGGUGGUUUGAUAGUUUAAAACCCUGACAUACUGAAGUCCUCUUUGAGGGUAUAUAUUUGACCUAUAUUUCAUUUUUUAUAAAUAUUUGUAUUUAUAUUUGAUAUUAUAUAUAUAAAUAUAUAGAAUACCCAAAUGUAUUUAAUCAUUUAUAUAUAUUGUAUAGACAGUUAAAUAUAUUUUAAGAUUAUAUAUUAUAAAAAUAUAUACAUAUCCAAUUAAUUAUAUUUUUUAUAUAGCCUAAAGGAUUAUGACAGUUAAGCAAAGCGUUUGAUAUGUAGACUGAGUUUGGACUACAGCUCUGCCCUGGUUGGGGGCAGUUAUACAGUGAGGUGUGAAACUAAGCCCGUGCUUAUGUAAUGUGUAACACUGCUAGGAUGGCAGCGCACACUACCUGUCCAGUGGCCUCUGCAUGCACUGCCUUACACACGUGUGCCUUAAUCUCCAUGUAUAAGCUCAAUGCCUUUAAUGAAGUAAACUGUGUGGAAACCAUGUAGAUGUGGGGAUUUUGGAUAUGGAGGCGUCAUUACUCCAGUUCAUAUUUUGUAUGUCGAUUAAAAACCUAAUAAACGUUUAUUUGUACCAGAGAAUUGCUAUUUCCAUUUGACAGUCCACAAUGGCAACGGGUUAAGGAUUAUGACCCUGGUAUGGUUGGACUACAGGAACUAGGGGGGUGACUUCAGAUCCUCCCAGACAGACGGCUAAAUACUUUACCUAUGAAACUGUUUGUGGCGGCAUGCAUAACAUAGCACGCCAAUAUAGAUUGUUGCGCCCGUGAAGGAUCAAUCAGGGUAUCUGCAGGUUUCAGCAAGUCAAAUGCAAGACCUUUUUAAUAACACGCGAUGGUGGGGGGGAUCCCGGUGUAUUAUAACCCAAUGUGUCACUCAAUGAGACUCAUUCACCUACCCAUUGUCGCAGACUAGCUAGCAAGCACGCAGAUAAUCAUUUAUAUAUGCAGCUAGCAAGAAAGAAGCCUCUACAUGUCCUUCCUGAAAAGUCCCACGAGAAAAAAAAAAAAAAUGAAGUCAUGCCCCGACAAAUUUAAGACCUUGUGUUACAGUAUUUAAAACCAGCAUAUGACAUUUGUAACGAAUUUAAGACUUUAAGGCCUUAAAUUUAGAAAGGAUGCGCGGACACCCUGGGAUCAAUACACAUCCAGCUCUACUUGGCCAGCAUGUACAUCUCCUUCUGUCUGAUCAGUAAAGACAUUCAGUUCAGAGUUUAAUAUUGUUUUUUUUAUUAAAGUAGCCAGCUGCAUACAGUUAGCAUGCAGUGGCCAUGAGCAGCAGAGUCGAACAUAAAGAGUUCAGUAGAAAGACUUGAUUAAAGACGACAUGACCUAUUUACAUGGUUUAAAAAGGGGUUUAAAAAGAGUUCCGCGGCCUCAGGCGGUGACGCCCCCGUGGUCCUUGAACGCGAUGGUUUUGGGGUUGAUGCCCACGUUCUUGGUGGUGUUGUGAGUCUUGUAGAUGCCAAUCAGUCGGUCGGCGAUCUCGAACAUGUUGUUCCUCAAGGAGAUGAUGAUGAACUGGGCGUUCUUGGUUUGCUCCUGGAGACGAGACACAGUGAGGGGGAAAUGCUUAGUGAGGGAGAGGAGCAGCUGAGGCCACAGGACUGAACCAGGUCAGCCUCAGUGAGGAGCAGCAUAGACCCCACGACUGAACCAGGUCAGCCU